AUGGAUGUGCUAUUUGGCAAAAAUAUGAAAGAAUACAAGGAAGCUGUGACAGCCGAAGUGAGAGGCAACAUUCCAUCAUGGCUUCAAGGAAGGCUGUUGCGCAACGGGCCUGGGAUGCACACGGUGGGCGAGACCAGGUACAACCACUGGUUUGAUGGCCUGGCCCUGCUCCACUGCUUUGUAAUCAAAUCCGGUAAUGUCUACUACUUCAACAGGUACCUGGAGAGCAAUACCUACAAUGCCAACAUCAAGGCCAACAAGAUCGUAGUAUCAGAAUUUGGAACAAUGGUCUACCCAGAUCCUAACGCAAACAUAUUUUCCAAAGCUUUCUCCUACCUGUCCCACAUGAUCCCUGAUUUCACAGAUAACUGCCUGAUUAAUGUCAUGAAGUGUGGAAAAUACUACUAUGCACUCACAGAGACUAAUUACAUCUGGAAAAUCAACCUACUGGAUCUGAUGGUUUGUGAGAAGAUUGAUUAUCGUAAACAUGUGGGUGUGAACGUGGCCACAGCGCAUCCUCAUUAUGAUGAGGCUGGAAAUGUUAUUAACAUAGGCACAUCCAUCAUGAACAAGGGGAAGACAAAAUAUGUGAUAUUUAAGGUCCCUGCCACCGUGCCAGCAGGCAAAAGGAAGAACUGCUGGAAGCACGCGGAGGUGCUCUGCUCCAUCACCUCCCGCUCCCUCCUCUCCCCAAGCUAUUACCACAGCUUUGGAGUCACAGAAAACUACAUCAUUUUUCUUGAGCAGCCCUUCAAGUUGGAUAUUGUCAAGAUGGCGACAGCAUAUGCUCGGGGAGUGAGCUGGGCGUCCUGCCUGACCUUUCACAAGGAUGACAAGACUUACAUUCACAUCAUUGACCAGAGGACCAGGAAGCCUGUUCAGACCAAGUUCUACACGGGCCCCCUGGUGGUCUUCCAUCACGUUAACGCCUAUGAAGAGGACGGGUGCAUUCUGUUUGAUGUUGUGUCUUAUGAGGACAGCAGCCUUUAUGAUUUCUUCUACUUGGACAACCUGACCCAGAAGUUCCAGGACAACGUCAAGCCCAACUCCAUUCCUACCCUCAAGAGGUUCGCUGUGCCCCUCCACGUGGACAAGGAUGCAGAAAAAGGCUCAAAUUUAAUCAAACUGGCAUCUACAAAAGCAGAAGCCCGGAAGGAAGAAGAUGACCAGGUCUACUGCCAACCAGAGGUGCUCCAUGAAGGCAUGGAGAUGCCGCAGAUCAAUUAUGCUUACAACGGGAAGCCAUACAGAUAUGUCUUUGCUACCGAAGUUAAGUGGAAUCUCAUCCCAAGCAAGAUAAUCAAAUACGACCUUCUUACAAAGUCGUUCAUGGAGUGGGGAGAGGAACACUGUUGGCUAGGGGAACCUGUGUUUGUAGCCAAGCCAGACGCCAAGGAUGAGGAUGAUGGAAUUAUCUUAUCCGUGGUGAUCUCUACCAUUCCCCAGAGGCAUCCUUUUCUGCUUAUUCUGGAUGCCAAAAGUUUUACAGAAUUGGCUCGCGCAUCCUUUGAUAUAGAAAUGUGCCCGGACCUCCAUGGGUUUUUCAUCCCGGCCCUGGACUGCGAAGCAGAGUUGGAGCAUCCUCCUGUGGAGGAAUUGGAACAAGCUUCACUGGAUGACGCGGCCUCAAGGUCCUGA